AUGACCACCUGCGCAGCAACCGUUAAUAAUCCCGAUCUUCGUUUGAACUCUAGUGCACAUUUCGUUCGCUGUUUAGAAGGUGGAGUGGAACUCAUUUCGUCAGUCCAAACCCCGUACGAGAUUUGUGCAGACGAUUUCUGUACAGCACUUUGGAACCCGCGGAUGGAAGGAAUAAUCCUGGAAGAACAUAAGGUUCAGUGGAAGUUUCUUCAAGGUUCUGCAAUCAGAAUAACUCAUGUCGAUGCUCUCACAAAAACAGAAUCCUUCAUCAUAGAUAUGGAACCGAACGUACCCAUCAAGGUGAAGGCUAUGACACUCACUCUGAGUUCAGUUACUAUACCGCCGCUACCCAUACUAAAUACGCCGUUCAUUUCGGACGGAAUGAGCACGGCCCUUUGGGACUCAAAUAUGGCUCCACCCCUGCAGUGUGACAAUGAGCGGGCAGCAAAGGAACUCGUUUGUGCAGUGGAAGAGGACUGCGCAUGCUACCCGGCAGAAACAAGAGCGAAUUGUAAAUGUAAACAUGUCAAUAUUUCGGAGUGGCUCCAGAAUGUGCAACACCAUUUGCCGGUAAUUCUUCCAUCAGUUACCUUCAGAGAAGCCAGCGGGGUGGUUCAAGCCAUUAUUCCAGCAAUGACCACAGCAGAGAUUAUCCUCAACUUACAAGAUCAAUUGCAAACAGAAGUCUCUUUGGAAAAAACUCUAUGCGUUGUUCAAAACACGACCAUAAGGGGGUGUUAUAACUGCGCGAAAGGAGCUCAAACGCAAAUUACCUGCACUUCACCAAUCCCUACACAGGCUGAAAUCACGUGUGGACAGUUUAGUUUUACUGUUCCAUGCGACAGAGAGGGAAUGGCGUCAACCUUGCGACUCAGCGUAAGCAACGCGAGAAUACAUCUCAUGUGUUCGGUAUCUUGUGGAGGAAGGAUUUCAAGUUUUGAAGUGACUGGCGUUCUUAAAUUUACCCACACUACUCAUUCACUAUUGGAUAGAUGGGUUAAUGGGAAAACCAAAGGCUUAUUCUUAACGGUCACGUACCUCUAUGUAUCGAGUUGUGGACUACGUUGCCUAUGGCUAAUCAUAUCUUCAAUGACGCGGAUAUUACGCCAGUUUUUUCGAGCUGUGUUAUGCUACCCGUGGAAAUACAGCAUGCGAUUUGCGCAGAAAAUGCAUAACAAAAUCCUCAUGUCUUCUGAAGCCGACGGAGACCUAACACCCCUGGCACUUCUGUAUGGAAAUGGAUAUCUGACGGAGGAUCAAGUAGAAAUGGAUCUGAUGGUUGGUGCUGCAGUUGCUGCAUCAACAAGUAGAGGCGGCUACAACGCUGGUGAUGCAUGUCUGCCAACACAGAACUUCGACCGACACGCCAACACAUGA